GGACACCUUCUGGAAAACAGGUAGACAUAGAUAGGGGGUACUUAUUAGGGCAGUGUACAGCUCCUUGGUUGGACACUUGUGAAAAAACAAAGAUCCCAUUCUUCCUGUUGUUCUUCACGCAACAUCACUGUUGUCCACAGGCCCUCAACAUGCCGACUGAAGCCCAGACCGAUGCCCGCUCCUUCUUGAGUGAGGAGAUGAUUGCUGAAUUUAAGGCUGCCUUCGAUAUGUUUGAUACUGAUGGAGGCGGUGACAUCAGCACCAAAGAGCUGGGAACUGUGAUGAGGAUGCUGGGUCAGAAUCCUAGCAGAGAGGAGCUAGAUGCCAUCAUUGAGGAGGUUGAUGAAGAUGGCAGUGGCACCAUUGACUUCGAGGAGUUCUUGGUGAUGAUGGUGCAACAGAUGAAGGAAGAUCAGGCAGGCAAGAGCGAGGAGGAGCUUUCUGAAUGCUUCCGUGUCUUUGACAAGAACGGAGAUGGUUUCAUUGACCGUGAGGAGUUCACUGACAUCUUACGUUCCACUGGGGAGCCAAUUACAGAGGAGGAGAUAGAAGAGCUCAUGACAGAUGGAGACACAAACAAAGAUGGCAAAAUUGACUUUGAUGAAUUUUUGAAAAUGAUGGAGAACGUUCAGUAAAGAUUCCACAUUCCACGGCCUCCAAUCAUACCACACCAAACUUCAUAAAUCAGCCUGGUAGACUCAUGGAAAAGUCAUGAAAAAAGUUUAUCUCAAGGACAAUGUGAAAUGGAUGGGAAGACUGAGUUGUAACAUCUUCUGGAACUUUCUCUUUGGGACAGUGGAAGUGGCUAUAAAUAACUAUCAAGCCCUUUUAAGAGGAUUUCACAUACACACACCUCCCCACCCCAUUGCCCCUAUGCUCCAGCUUCUUCAUGACAUAUGAUCUACCACUCCUUGAAAACUUGACGCUUCUUUUGCCCUACUUGCCCAUCCUGUAGUGUUCCUAAAUAAACCAGACUCAGUCUGCCUUUA